ACGCAAUGGCAUUUUGCACUUAAUAGGACGCACCUGUUGCUGUGUAAUCCACGUGGCUGCCUUUCAAAGUCGUCUCACACAACAAGCCUUUGCUCGGUAAACACCGACAGCCUGCAAUGAUGAGGGGAAGGUUUAAAGAAAGCAUCAACAUUUGGAGGCCGAUUACAUUUCAGAGACAGGCUGACAUGUUGAUUUUAGGAGGAAAAGAGACGCUCAAACACAAAGUAGUCCACAUUGAUUGACACAGCAGCCCACCUGUGCAUUCAGACACAAUCGUGAAUUCUCAGUUGAGAUCAGCAAUUCUUCAACAAGCAUCCUCUAUGUUGUGUGGGAUGAAAUGUCGCAGAUAAGUCAGACCACAGCACCAAAUCUGACUGAAGGUUACCCUGUGACUAACCUGACUUUAGUGGUGCUUUUGCUCAUACCCUGUGUGGUCAUUCUGCUGCUGCUCAACUGUCUGUUUCUGGGCUACAAGUUCCUGAUCCUGUCCAAGAAAAACUGCAGCAGACAAAAGCGAGAGGAUACAGAGGAGAUGCUUCUGCAGUCCACCCUGCAUAGAGUCGGGAGAGUUUCCGAUUCGGUUUUUCCACCUCUGCAGGACGGGAGGAGAGCGUACAUGUCUCUAUCAGAACCAGCCCUGCUCCAUCCUGUCACCUCUUCCCGGGCUUCAUCUAGAGAGAGGGCCAGCAGGGUGGAUCAGAGGAUCCGGCUCCUCAGGCCAGACGGUGCCACGGGGUCAGGGUCUCUGAGGGCACCGAGCACCAUCCGGGCCACCUCCUCUGCGGCUGGUUUCACCCCAAGACUGGACCCAGGAUCUGGUUUACGGGCUCACAGCAUCAGUAAGGCAGGCUGGUGUAAAAGUGCUCCAGUUUUACCGCAGUCUAGUGAUUCAGAGACCGAGACCAGAGUGAACCUGGUCCCGCCAAACUCUCCUACGGUAGGUGGUCAAAACAGGCAGGUGAGUUCGUUUGGCCUGCAACUGAUUUAACAGUAAACAACUGUAGUUUGUGAAAAGUUGAGUGAUUUUCUCUUUAGUUUUAAUCAUAUCUAGAUAAUUUAGGAUAUUAUUCUGAUGCUAAACAGGAUGAACUUCUGGAACAUGUAGGCCUACUUAACAGCAUUGCCGGAUCAUCCUUUUUCAGGGGUCUGGGGCAAAAAUUAGCUGCUGCCCCCCUUUGACUCUCAAUCACUAUAAAUAGUUAAAUGGAUAUUCCGGCAUAGAAUUAAUUUAGGGUCAAACACACUGUAACAGCAAGUUAGACCUCCCCUCGAGAGAUGAAUGUUGCAGACCGCUUGCUACUCUAGUUAUACCAACUUAAGUAAUGACCACAGAUAGCAAUACAGAGAGCCACGCGCUCAACCAAAACACCACUCCAUAGUCACAAAUAAAGCUCAGAACAGCACCUAACUUCAUCAACAGUACAUAUAGGGUCCUAGCCAUAGCACUAGCCACCAAACAUCUUUUUAAUUUUACCUGAUUUCUUUAGCAAAGAGACCAAACACAACUCACCCACUCUCUUCCAGCAGCUGCUUGUUUGUACGGAGACCUCUGGGUGAGUCCAUCAACUGCUGCGGGGUGACGCAGCUCAAGGAAGAACAUUUAUGAUCAUUUCUUUAUCAUUUCCUUGAAGUAAUAAUCACUAUAUUAACCAUUUUGCACUGCAGACGCAGUAGUUCUUCUGCCUUAGUGUCUCGGUCUGAUCGCAUUUCCAUGAAAAAUUAGCCUGGCUGGGCCAUCCAGUUGCGUGAAUCACUUCCCACAGCCGUCUGGACUUCGGCCAAUUGGGAACCCUAAAAGUACUUUCCUUGAUAGACAAACUGCUGUAACCAAUCACCGUAACCAAACAUCUGACGUCAUCACAGUGCGCAACUGUGUUCCCCGCUGGGCUCUCAAGCAUCAAGUAAAGGUUUGCUUUCUUCUGCGGAUAUAAACGAUUUCUGCCGACUUUGCAAAGUCAACGGCAGAAUUAACGGCGUUCUGAAUGAACGGCGCUUUGAAAAAUCCCGUAGCAUGUGUUAGACGUCACCAUCUACACAUGGACCAAUCAGGGGCUGCCUUUCCCUGUUGUCCGGGGAACAGUGGAAACACAGUCACUGAUUGGCCCGGUUAUUUUCUGAUUUCUAAAACAAGCUCCCAAUGGGCCGAAGUCCAGACUGUUGUGGGAAGGAACGGCAAGUGAUUCACGCAACAGGAUGGCCCGGCCAGGCUAUGAAAAAAGUACCCUGUUGCUUUUGUAGGUCACGUUGAUGAAUCACUGUUAAUUUCACCCUGUUUCAUAAGCAAAAAAAUCUAUCUUCUUACAGAGGCUUUAAGUCUUGUACUUCAGUAUCUCUCUGCUCAAGACCAUUCAACAAUACAUCAUUACAUAAUAACCACAAAGUAGUGGUGUCGGUUUGAUUGCAUUCACUUCAAACCCCUGAAUUACAACUAGUGAGUGUAGAGUAAGAAACUGUGUUGUAUAAUUGAAAAUGGCAUAAAGGGAAAGUAGGACAAAUUCAGACAUUUAUGAUUAUUUCUUUGUAAUUUCCUUGAAGUAAUAAUCACCAUAUUUAUCAUUUUGCACUGCAGACACAGUUGUUCUUCUGCCUUAGCGUCUCAAUCUGAUUGCAUUUCCAUGAAUAAAUGAUCAUAAAUGUUCUUCCUUGAGCUGCGUCACCCCGCUGUAGUCUGUAAUGGACUGGUCUGAGGUCUCUCUACAAACAAGCAGCUGCUGGAAGAGAGUGGGUGAGUUGUGUUUAGUCUCUUUGCUAAAGAAAUUAGGCAAAGUUAAAAACAUGUUAGGUGGCUAGUGCUGUGGCUGGGACCCUAUAUGUGCUGUUGAUGAAGUUAGGUGCUGUUCUGAGCAUUAUUUGUGGCGUUUUUGUUGAGCGGGUGAUAACAUGAUAAAGUGUCAAGUUUUAACUCUACAGAGUUAAGUUUUUACACAUGCAAGUAACAUUAAAACUUUCCCAUUCAAAAUUAGCCUGUGAAAAAUAACUUACAAAUAUUCGAUGUACAUUUUUUCUCAUUUGUUUACAGCAGGAGACAGAGCAUGGUGGUCACAUUCGCCGCUGCAGUGCCUAUGACAUGCUGACAGAUGUGAGUCCAGAUGUUGCGGUUCAUGUGUUUGACAAAGUUGCCAUGGAGUGCGAGUACACCAACCCACCCUCAGUGACAUCCUGCCCGAACACAUCUGCCGUGGGUCCUGGACUUGACAGUGACUUUGGAGCCAGUGCAGGUAUGAAUCAGUCUGCAGCAGCUGCACUGCGAUCGAUACAGCUGUCAUUAAUAAGUAAUGUUACCGCUGUAGCUGACUGCCAAAACAGAAAAAGGCAGGGUAGGAGAUACUGUGUGAAAAUACUAAAACAACAGACACAGAUACAUUGGUGAUAAUGUUUAGCUGUCUCUUGAAUCUGCCCGAAAACAUGUUUUGCUUUGCAUCGAUGCAGUUGCUUGCGAAAGCUUGGAAAAAGAAACUCAGACCAGUUCUGUUUAGAGAACCACUUCUACUCAAAAUUUGCUUUGCACUUUGUUUUGCUCUCCAUGGCUUAAAAAGCCAAACAGGACCAUGAGCAACAAUAUAAAAAGUUCUUCAUGGUUAUUUUUGGUCGCAAAAAUUGCUGUAGGAGGGUAGGUGUCAGACAAGAUUUUAUAAAAGCCUUUUUUUACACUUUUAACAGCAAAUAUUCACAUAAAGUGACACAUUUGACUGUUAAAAGAGAGGUUGUAUUUUUUUUUGGUCAGAAGAUACUACCCUGGUCUGCACACACUGAUCAGUGAAGUGAUAAGAUGUACAUUUUUGUCUAAUGGGGACACAAACCAAAACAAAGUUUCUAACAUCCGCUUUAAUUUGGAUAUUUGACCGUCAGCAUGUAGGUUAGCGUUAUUAUGCAAAUUCAAUCUAGUAAUUUCAGACCUUCAAAACACAGUGUAGAUUAACGUUCCUGUUACUUAGAAAGCAUUUUAUGUUUACCCUUUAUUUGUAGAAUAAACUGAAGAUUAGCUAAGGAGAUGAUACCUGAUAGUGUAUCAUGUUUGAAUAUUCACUCUGGUUUCUUCUCAGGUGUGUCCCUGCGGAUUCUUUCUGCAGACAGUGAUGGUUUGUCUAACGGGGUUCUGUCUUCAGCCCUGGAGUGGGAUUAUUACGACCCGUGCUACGUCAAACAGAACACCUUACCCAAACACAAACACCACAGACCUGUGAUGCACACUAAACAGUACUGGGUCUGAUUUGUCUGUGUAAUGAGUCAUUUUAGUGUUUAUUUUCUCUUAUUUAUUUAAAGCAUAUUUUAAUAUAUUUAUAUUAUUGUUUUUUGUAAAUUAGUCUCACUGAUUAUCACUGACUUUACAUGUUAACACUUUAAUUGUUUAUGUAAAAUGCACUCUGCCACUGAAUUUGAUCAUAUUGUCUUAAUACUUGCAGCUCACAUUAGAUGUUAAAUAUGAAUCAUGCACUUUUUCACUUUUUGUAAUAGUCACUGUUAGACUUAUUGUUUAUUUCAUGAGCAAAGAAUCACAUCUAACAUUUUGUGUUCACAAAUUUUGUUUACAUCACUCAAUAAAGAUUUCUUUUAAUUUCA